AUGGCCAUAGACAAAUCCCUGUCUCUUGUUUUGCUUCUUCUAUGGGCAAUGGUACUUUCUUCUACCAUUAAUGCUGCUUCUUUCAUGGAAUCCCAAGCUGAAAUGGAAGCUCUACUCAAGUGGAAAGCCAGUCUAUUAGAAAGACAAGCACUCAGUUCAUGGUCGUUACUCCCCAACGCCAAUGCUUCUACCACCCAAGAUAGCUCUCCAUACAACUGGACCGGAAUCUCAUGCAACAGUGCUGGAAGAGUAACAGGAAUAAGCCUACAUGAUGCAGGUUUGCAAGGUAAGAUUGAUAACUUGAGCUUCUCCUCCUUACCAAACCUAGCCCAUAUCGUUCUCGACCAGAAUGCGCUCUUUGGAGCCAUCCCUACUCAAAUUGGCACUCUUUCUGAACUCGUCACCCUUAAGCUUUCUUCGAAUCAGCUUUCUGGUUCAAUUCCUAAAGAGAUAGGGGAGUUGAAGAAGCUGACGAUGUUAAACUUGUCCCAUAACCAUAUAACAGGUUCUAUCCCUUCCUCAUUAGGAAACUUGACCAACAUUGUUAACUUAUUCAUAUCUGAUAAUCAGAUAUCUGGUUCAAUUCCUCAACAAGUAGGAAAUCUCAAAUUUCUGGAUCAGCAAGCCGCAGCUGCUAACCUGCUGAAUGGUUCACUUCCUGCCACUCUAGGAAACAUGAUCAACCUUCACUUCGUGUUCCUCUGCGGCAAUGAAAUUUCUGGCCCCAUACCAAGUGAAAUAGGUAACCUUAAAAAACUGAUGAUGUUUCAAGUGUGCGCAAACCUUCUAGCAGGUUCCAUUCCUUCUAAUUUAGGAAAUGUGACCACACUCGAGAGCUUGCUGCUCUUUGAAAAUCACUUCCAUGGCUCAAUUCCUCCACAGAUAGGAAAUCUCUACCACUUUGCUGAUCUAAGAUUGUUUGAGAACAACCUCACUGGUCCAAUUCCUCCAUCUCUUGGAAAUUAG